AUGUCAUAUGACAUCAAAGUAUGGCAUGUGAUAAAAAAGGGAAACCUUCCAAUUCCUCCCAAGAAGGAUGCAAAUGGUCAAGUCAUCACAUCAACUGAUCCUCUGAUUUGGACGACUACACUGAUGAGCAAGCUAUUGUUAUCACUUUCAAUGCAAAAGCAAAAAAUCUACUGUACAAUGCUAUCAGUGGAGAAGAAUAUGAAAAGAUAUCCAGUUGUGAGACUGCAAAAAAUGUGGGAUAAACUGGAAGUCACUUAUGAAGGAAUCAACAAUGUAAUAGAGACUAGAAUAAAUCUCCUGGUUCGGGAAUAUGAAUUAUUUCAAAUGAAGGAUGAUCUGUUGAAGAAAUGUUUUCCAGGUUCAGCAAAAUUCUUGGAGACCUCAAAUCAUUUGGAAGACCUAUUAAAAGUGGCGAACAGAGGUGACUUGGUUGAAUUUGAGAAAACUCAUCUUGACAGACAUAUUCAAGAGAAGAAGAAAAUUGUUGCUUUCAAGGCAACUAUGGCUGAACCAGAAAAUGAAGAUGAAGAAGAAGGAGGAGAACAAGACGAAAACAUUGCAAUGCUCUCGCAAGUUGUGACCAACAUGAUGAGAAGAAACAGAAACUACAGAAGAGGUAAGUCUAAUUUGAGAAAAGGAAGGGUGAGCAAUGAAACAGAUCAAAAUAAUGGAAGAUGUUACGAAUGUGGAAAGUUCGGACACGUUCAAGCUGACUGUCCGGAAUUAAAAAAGAAGCUUAGUCGGAACAUGCAAAAGAAGAAAGCUUUUGGAGCAUGGAGUGAUGAGGAGGAAUCUGAUCACGAGAAAAUUGCCAACAUUUUCUUUAUGGCCCUAAGCGAUGAUGAAGAGUCAGAGGAACUUGGACUAAUGGCAGACAACAACGAUGAAGAAGAUGAUUCAAGAGAACCUCGUUCACCGUCAGAUGAAGGAACUAGUGAGGUAUGUACUCCUUUAUGUCCAAACUGUUAUGAACUUCAAAUUUUUGUUGAUAUUUCUCUUGCAGACAUAGAAAGAGUAGUAAAUGAGCUCAAAAAAGUCAAGAGAGAAAAAGAAAGAGAGAAGAAGGACUGGGCCCUAAAACUAGAAGUAUGCAAAAUUGAACAUGAUAUGCUUCAAGACGAAGUAAACAAACUCAAGCUUCAAUUGAAUGGACUGAAAAGAACCUCAAGUUCUAGUCCAGUCAAGUCUGAUCAGAACGUUCCUGUCAGAAAGAAAAUAGCAUGUUCCUUUUGUGGUAAAAAUGGACAUAGCACUAACAAUUGCAGGAACAGAAUUAGAGCUGAAAAUAGUUCUGGCAACUCUAACAACUCAUCUUGCACCUACUGUGGUAAAAGAGGUCACACCUCAAAUCAUUGCAGGUUCAAGAACGAUAGGAGAUGGAUCUGGAGACCAAAAUCUUCAAUUCAAACUAACUCUCAGAUACCUAACCAUUCAGGACCCAAGCAGGCUUGGGUACCUAAAAAUAAGUAA